UAAGUCCAUGAAUUUCUCUGAUAUGAAAGAAGCUUGUCUUAGAAGACUUUUGAAAAUGGUUUCUAUCCUGGACUUGCAGUUGUGAUGUCAAUUGUGAAGGAAAAGUCCAAUCUGCACAUCUAGGUCUGUGGAGCACAAGGGGAGGAGUGGAGUUCUCAACCUAAAGAAUUCAAUGGAUUUACAGAUACUCUUACGGGCAGUUUUUUUGGCUGCCCUGCUUGUAUUUGUUAGUCUUCCUUAUUCGGUUUAUGCGGGGGACAUUGUACAAGAUGACGAUCAGGCUCCGAGUCAGCCUGGUUGUAACAACAACUUCGUUCUGGUUAAAGUCCAAACUUCGGUGGAUGGUAUACAAGGCAGUGAGUUUGUAGGUGUUGGUGCUCGAUUCGGCACCACCAUGGAGUCAAAGGAGAAGCAUGCAAAUCAAACUAAGCUUAUCCUUGCGGAUCCUCCUGAUUGUUGCGGCACACUUAAGAAUAAGCUUUCUGGAGAAGUCAUCCUGGUUGAACGAGGUAAAUGCAAGUUCACAAAAAAGGCAAAUGUUGCACAAGCUGCUGGUGCUUCAGCAAUCCUAAUUAUAAAUUAUAAGACGGAGCUCUACAAAAUGGUCUGUGAAUCGAAUGAAACAGAUCUCAAUAUACAUAUACCGGCAGUGAUGCUUCCAAAAGAUGCGGGUGCAAGUUUGCAGAACAGUUUAAAAAGCAAUUCCUCUGUUUCUGUGCAGCUAUAUUCUCCAGAACGUCCUCUGGUUGACAUAGCAGAGGUGUUUUUAUGGCUUAUGGCGGUUGGUACUAUCUUGUGUGCAUCAUAUUGGUCCGCAUGGAGUGCCAGAGAAGCAAUGAUUGAGCAUGAUAAACUAUUGAAGGAUGCUACAGAAGAAUUUGUAAAUGGUGAAGAUACAGAUGGUAGUGGUGUUGUGGACAUUACCGCAACAUCAGCGGUCCUUUUUGUUGUGAUUGCUUCAUGCUUCUUGGUUAUGGUUUACAAGCUUAUGUCCUCCUGGUUCGUGGAGGUUUUGGUGGUUCUAUUUUGUAUCGGAGGUGUAGAGGGCCUGCAAACUUGUUUGGUGGCUUUGUUAUCAAGGUGGUUUAGAUGUGCUGGAGAAACAUUUAUUAAAGUGCCGUUCUUUGGAGCUGUUUCUUACCUUACGUUGGCUGUUACUCCGUUCUGCAUAGCAUUUGCUGUUUCUUGGGCAGUGUAUCGCCGCAUCUCCUUUGCUUGGAUAGGUCAAGAUAUCCUUGGGAUUGCGCUGAUACUUACAGUUCUUCAGAUUGUUCAUGUACCUAAUCUCAAGGUGGGCACAGUGCUUCUCGGUUGUGCUUUCUUGUACGACAUCUUCUGGGUGUUUGUUUCUACGAUGAUGUUCCAUGAAAGUGUAAUGAUUGUGGUUGCUCGUGGUGAUAGAAGUGGUGAGGAUGGUAUUCCAAUGUUACUGAAGAUCCCACGCAUGUUUGAUCCCUGGGGUGGUUACAGCAUUAUUGGAUUUGGUGACAUCCUUAUACCAGGGUUGCUAAUUGCUUUUUCAUUGAGGUAUGAUUGGCUGGCAAAGAAGAAUCUUCGAGCUGGAUACUUCCUAUGGUGUAUGGUUGCAUAUGGUUUAGGUCUCCUCAUUACGUAUGUGGCUUUGAAUUUGAUGGAUGGACAUGGCCAGCCAGCUCUUCUUUACAUUGUUCCUCUUAUGCUUGGUACCUUUUUAAUAUUGGGGAAGAAGAGAGGUGACCUCAAAGUUCUAUGGACGAGAGGAGAACCUGAGAGGUCUUGCCAGCAUGUUCAGCUGAAAAAGUGUAGCGAAUGAAAUGGAAAAGUAUAGCAAAUUGCUUUGUAUGAUAUAAGAGUGGAUGUACCAACAACCGAACAGAAUGUAAUGAAUUGCAAUGUAGAGAUACGAUAGCAAAAGUUGUAAGUGGAUGUAGAAAUAGAAUUACACGAUUCUGAAGGAUGCAUUAAUAUCAUUGAUCAAGUCUGAAACUUCA